CAAAAGAAGAUAAUUAAAAAAGAUGCAACAACAAUAACUAAAUUAAACAACUGUUAACGACAAUUUUUCUCGAGUAAAAAAAUUAUACAACAAAAUUUGUUGGAUAACCAAACAAGAAAAAUCCCAAACGACGAAACAAAUCAAAAAAGAAGAAAAAAAAAACCAUACGAACAAGGACAUGAGUCAAUGCAAAAACUAAGCGCCAAAAUUCAAACAGAGAAACGUCCUUUUGAAGCAUUCCACGACCCAAAAUUAAGCUGCGAAAACUUUUGCCGGAAUACAUAAAUAUCCAAAAAACAAACACCCAAACUAAAUCCAAAAAUUUCAAGUGUUUUCUAAGGCGAAACGUGACUUCAGAGUUGCCAGAUUAACAACAACGAGAUAAUUGCUAUUAUACUAUAUAUACGUAUAUAUAUUUUUUUUGUCGAAACUCCUAAACAAGACGACCCCCCUGCUAAAGUAACACCCCCUAACCGACCCCAGAGAAAAGUCAAAUACAAAAGAAAAUCAAAUUAAAGCAAGCAACCAAUUAAAAAGUGCUCAAACGCGCCGCCGCAACAAUUAGAAGAAGAAGAAAAAACGAAAAGCAGAAGCAGUAGAUACAGUUUUUAAAGAUGGCUUCCGAGCUGGAUCAAUUCGCCGAUUUGGAAUUAUCGAAAGAGGAUCGCGAGCAAAUCUUCGAUCCGCCAUUGGAUCGGCAGCAAUUGGAAGGUGCUGGCACCUCAAGUGUUACGACAUCAAAAAUCUUAAUAAGCGGCAUACCGCUGCAGACACGUUUCGAAGACAUCGAACCGCUACUGAAGCCCUAUGGCAUCGUCAAACAAUGUGAGGCUAUUUCUAGUAAGGAUCAAAAUACUCAAACAGUACAUAUAACAUUCGAAAAUCCUGAGCAGGCGCAAAGAGCUGCUGGUGGCCUAAACGGCGUCGAGUUCGAGGGCAGUAAACUGCACGCAGAGCAAUUGGACAAAAAUCAACGUCGGAGCAUACGCAAUCAGCGCAAUCCUUAUCCCGGCAUGCCGGGUCCUGGACGCCAGGCGGACUUUCCGCUGCGUAUUUUGGUACAGAGCGAAAUGGUGGGCGCGAUCAUUGGACGACAGGGUAGUACCAUACGGACCAUAACACAACAGAGUCGCGCCCGUGUCGAUGUGCAUCGCAAGGAGAAUGUUGGCUCCCUCGAAAAGUCCAUUACCAUCUAUGGCAAUCCGGAGAAUUGUACCAAUGCAUGCAAGCGCAUUUUGGAGGUUAUGCAACAGGAGGCACUGUCCACAAAUAAGGGUGAAAUCUGCCUGAAGAUACUCGCCCAUAAUAAUUUAAUUGGUCGCAUUAUUGGCAAGAGCGGUAACACUAUUAAACGCAUUAUGCAGGAUACGGACACGAAGAUAACCGUUAGCUCAAUUAAUGACAUUAAUAGCUUCAAUUUGGAGCGGAUCAUAACGGUGAAGGGCUUGAUUGAGAAUAUGUCACGUGCGGAAAACCAAAUCAGUACCAAGCUGCGCCAAAGCUAUGAGAACGAUCUGCAGGCAAUGGCGCCUCAGAGCCUUAUGUUCCCCGGUCUGCAUCCCAUGGCAAUGAUGUCGACACCGGGCAACGGCAUGGUCUUCAACACGAGCAUGCCGUUCCCCUCGUGUCAAAGCUUUGCCAUGUCCAAGACACCGGCCAGCGUGGUGCCACCGGCCUUCCCCAACGAUAUGCAGGAGACGACAUACCUGUAUAUACCGAAUAAUGCCGUUGGGGCAAUCAUUGGCACCAAGGGAUCGCACAUACGCAGCAUAAUGCGCUUCUCAAGCGCAUCCCUCAAAAUUGCGCCCCUCGACGCCGACAAGCCGCUGGACCAACAAACGGAGCGCAAGGUCACGAUUGUUGGCACACCGGAGGGUCAGUGGAAGGCGCAGUACAUGAUAUUUGAAAAGAUGCGCGAGGAGGGCUUCAUGUGCGGCACCGAUGAUGUCCGCCUUACCGUUGAGCUACUCGUCGCCAGUUCUCAGGUCGGACGCAUCAUUGGCAAGGGCGGACAGAACGUGCGUGAGCUGCAACGUGUGACGGGUAGCGUCAUUAAGCUGCCAGAGCAUGCGCUGGCGCCACCUUCAGGCGGCGAUGAGGAAACUCCUGUGCACAUCAUUGGGCCAUUCUACAGCGUUCAGUCCGCACAGCGGCGAAUUCGCGCCAUGAUGCUAUCGACAAAUCCGCCACCAGUGACCAAAAAACAGAAAGCUGCCAAAGAACAACAAUUGCAACAACAACAACAACAACAACAGCAACAACAACAACAGAACCUAGCCGGCGCUGCGCCAAGUGGGACUCAACAACAGCAGCAACAGUCGCCGUCGCAGCAGCAGCAGCCGCUGCCGCCGCAAUCGCAUCAUCAAUCGUCGGCGGCGUCGUCGUCGGCGCCACCUGCGCAUCACCAGCAGCAGGCGUCGUCGACAGCGUCCUCACAUCAAUUGCAGCAGCAGCAGCCGUCGCCGCCGCCCGGCAACGCAUCGGCCGCCACCCAACAGCAGCAACAGCAGCAGCAGCAGCAGCUGGCGAGCUCCCAGCAGUAAGCUGCAUGCGUGGGGAUAGGGUAUGGCCAGAGGGGGGGGCAACCCAAAUACAACAGCAAACAACUUGAAUAACAACAACAAUAAUACAUUAAUAGCAAUAGCAACAACAGCAACUACAACAAAAACAACACUUGGAUUUACCGUGGCAGUUUUCCAUCAACUUUUAUUCCGCUUUAUAUAAACAGGCAGCGAAAACAACAACAACAACAGCAACAAGAAAAAGAAGAAGAACUCUCGUCCCUCAACUCCAACAAACUCGUAAAAAGCGCUAAAUGCCUGCCCCUCGACUGCUGGCAAGGGCAGCAGCACAGCAAACUAAAAAUGAAUUCAAAAAUAUAACAGAAUAUAACAGCAACAACAGCAACAGCAACCGCAACAGCGACCGCAACAACAACAGUAACAUUAACGACAGCAACAACAGCAGCAGCAGCAGUAAAAGCAACAGGCAACAGGCAACAACAAGGCAGAUGCGGCUGAGAACUUGCUCUUUCCCUCUCUUGCAGUUAGUUGCAGACGCCCAAAGGGGAGAGCUACCAGAUUUUGUGUACAACUAUCAAAUGCUUGCUUAUAAAAAAAUCAAAAAAAAUCAUAAUCAUAAUAAUAAAACUCGGCGCCGUUCCAAUAAAUGGGCCAAACUGUUAUACGGCAAUGCAUUGUAUUGUUGUUGUUUCUCGUGAUGUGACUGCGCGCUGCCCAACCUUUGUUAUAAUUUUAAUUUAACUAAAUAACUACACACACACACACACACACCACACAGACACACACUCUAUUAUUUAAAGAAAUCUUGCAUAAAGCCUGAUGUAAGGGAGAAGCUACAUUUAACCAGGUUUAACCACAGAACUGCAACAGCCCCCGCAGCAAAAAAUUAUUAAACAUAUUUGCAACAUGAAAAGAAAUUUCACAAUUAAAAACAAAAACAAAUUGAAAAAAAAAAAAACAAAAACAAAAGCGAGAAAAAAAUUAACAAAAAAAAAAACAAAUUCAAAAAGUCGCAACUGCAGCAAAUUCGUUUUUUUUUAAUAUAUAGAAAACAUAAAAUUACAACUUUUUAAUGAAUUAUUUUAUUUUUUUUUUAAUCAACUUUAGUAAGCGUAAUUUAAGUGAACAAAAGAAAAAAAAAACAAACAAAAAACGAAAGUGAGAUAAACAAAAACCAAACAAUCAAUUGGUUUGUGUGUGUGUUUUAUAAUUGUUUUAUAUAUAUAUAUAUAUAUAUUUAUUAUAUAUGUAUAUAUACAUUUUUUUUUAUUUUAAUUUUUUAAGCGUAUUUGCAUUUGAAAAUUUGAAAUUUGUAACAGUUAUUAAUUGUAUGCAAGAACACAAAUCAGAUGACGACAGCGGCAUAAAAAACAGAACAGGAAAAAACUGUAUGUUAAUUAUUAUUAUUACUAAUAUUAUUUUUCGUAUUUCCUAAUUGAAGAAUACCCAAAUUGCAAGCAGGUGUAAACUUUAGCCCACCUCUUAAAGCAAAACGAAAACAAGAAAAAAAAACUCAACAAAAAAAAAAGAGUAGAAGAAAACUACAACUAAACUUUAAAGCCGCUUUAAACUAAACCAAAACAAAACAAGUGAAAACCAACUAAAAACUAAAACAUGUAAAAUAAAAGAAAAACUAAAGAAUUCUUUGAAGCGAGAAGCGUAAAUACCACAAAAAUACAACACACAAGUGUUCAAUGCGAGGGUCGAUAGAAGAGUUUUCCAUAGGAGCAUAUAUGUCUACAUACAAUAUAUAUGUAUAUAACUUAUCGUAUAUAUGUAUUCUGUCUGUACUCUUAUAUUUAUCAGCCAGCAGACAGCGCAACCAUCUCUUAUACGCGCCAAGUCGAGAGUCAGAGUUGAGUCGCGCAGCACAUGUAUGACAACUAUAUAGUAUAACAUAACGGAAACAUAUAACAGUACACACACACACUCACACACAAACAAACACACACACUCACUCACAAACAUAAUUAUAUAGGCAUACGAAUUAUAUAGUUUAUCAUUUAAGUUGUGUCUCUCACCUGAUGCCAAGCAAGCAAUGUUAGUGUACAGCUGUAUAAUAGUUUUCGAGAAUUGAGAAUUUGAGAUUUCGAGAAUGCGUAUAUAACAACAAAAAAUAAAACUGAAUUGUUAAUAUUGUUUGAGCGAACUAAGCUAGAGAGGGAGAGAGAGAGAGAGAGAGGGAGAGGAGAAGAAGUAGAGUCGGAGCGAGAGCGCGAGCGCGCCAGAGUUAUUUAGAGAGAAAGUGAGAGAGCAUUGUAAUCUGUUUGCCUUGAAACAAAAACAAAAAUAACGGUGCUGAAAUGUUAAUUUUUAUAUAACGAAAAAAAACGAGCAACAAGUGUUACAUAAAGUGUUAUAUUAAAGCAAAAAAAAAAAAAAAA